CUAUGUAUUAUCUGUACUGUUUUAUUGCUUGUACUGUAUGUUGUCCCUAACAUCUGAUCUUUAUGUGUUUCUGACAGAUUUGGCUUUUGUCACUUGAACACUUCGCUUCCUGCUCUGACCUGGCUGGCCACCAUGGGCAUCUUGUACAUCAACUCCACUCUACUCUUCCUCACUCAGAGACCUCUAAACUACACCGUCCCUGAGAAAACAGUGUACGAGAACUGCAAAGACAUGCCUGCCGCUCUUAUCUGGUACCUCGCCCUGCAGUUCACCAACAUGUUCCUGGGCAUCCCAGCCAACCUCAUGGUGCUGUGGCUCAUCCACAAAAACAAGGGCGACUCCUCCACCUCAGACAUCUUCAUCCUGCAUCUGGCGAUUUUAGACGUUCUCUUCUGCCUCAUCCCUCCUCUAGAGUUGGCCAACAUAGUCUUCCUCACCACCAGAAGCACCUGGUACGUCCUGCGCUUCUUCUAUGGCAUGAAAGACUCCUCGCCCCUCUUCCUCUCCUGCAUCUGCUUGGACCGCUACAUGGCCGUGAUCCACCCCAUCACCUUCACUGAGCUGAAGGACCGUCAGCACAGGGCGGUCCUGGCCAUCGUGGUUUGGCUGAUCACUCUGGCCUACGCCACCGCUAAAUGCGUGGGCAACAUUUACAACUUCGAGAAGGUCUUCACGGCGAUGAUCCUGGCAGCGUUUGCCUUCAUGGUGUUCUGCAACAUCGCGAUUCUCUGGGCGUUGAGGCAGUCGGGGCCCGGCAGAGACGAGAUGCACCCCGUGAAAAAAAAAGCCUUCAAGAUGGUGCUCGUUAUCCUGGCCAUCAUUGUGUUCAACUACUUCCCACCUGUUGCACUGUUCCCCUUCCAAGAAUACUUCUCUCCUGACGUGUUUCGCUGCUACAUUCACUACGUCGCCUUCGGCUUGAUGGACUUCAGCAGCACCAUUCAGCCAAUGCUCUAUCUGUCAAAGGAAAAGCUGUCAUGUGGCCUCAGCUGCUGCCAGACCAGCAUCACACCAAACCUGUAGGGCUACAUGCUAACUGAACUUUUUUUGUCCUGCAAGCACUGUUUGAUGAAUGUACUGUUGUUAAAUGUAAGAGAAUAAGUUAUGUUGUUGCUUGAUCACAUGUUGAAAAUGCUGCUUAAUAAAACAUGGAUUGUGUGGUGGUUCCUGAUGUCUGAGAGACUAAAUUUAAAGUUCUGUGCAAACUUUAAACAGAAUAUAGGCAAGAUGUAGAGAUAUACAUUUUAGAAGAAUGCAUAAAAAGUCUCUUGCACUUAUCAGUCAUUAUCGAAUGAUAAUUAAAGAAUUACCUCUUAGUUGCAGCUUUCAAAGACACCUGAUUUCUCUAAACUGAGUAUAAAAGUAAUGGAGGUGAAUGGAAUAUAGCAGGGUCGGCCCGAGGACUUUGGUGGCCCUAAGCAAGAUUUUUUUGUGGCCCCAAAACAUGCACAGGGCAACUACCAAAUCACGUGCACAGCUUGUAAUUGGGUUAAAACACACAUGCACAUGAUUAACAGUUAAUAUAUAUAUUUUUAAAUGUAUCCUUAAAACGAAAGAGACAAUUACCAAUAAGUGUUCAAAAUAAUAGAAAAAAAUAAGUUAACAUAUUUAAACUG